GGUAGCAAGUGCGCGCGUCUUGCGCGUGUUCUUGUUGUUGCUCCUCACCCCCACUUCUUGUCCCCAAUUAACAAUCAAAGACUUGGGCGCCGUGCAGUCCCGGUUUUAUUUGUUCUUUUUUUAAAGGCUUGUUUACUAAAACAAGUGAAACAGUUUAGACGAUGCACGUUGUCCGACUAGACAAACACUUGGACACGAAGUUACACUGAAGGACACCUCUCAAAUGGAACCGGACGGCGCAACGUUCCAGCCCUGGAGGGACUACUUGGGCUUGUCGGAUGCAGUUCGAAAGAUCGUGAGUCGGAACCCGUCAACUCCGGCUCCUUUAGAGCAGACGAUUCCUUCACAACUGGGCUCUUUCGUUGCGUCUUUUGCUCGGCUGCACGUCAACGCUCUGCCGGAAAAAAGCGAGCGUCAGACGAACUGUGUAGCAGAUGAUCCGACCCAAUGCACAAAACAGUUCCUCCGUCAUGCACUAGGUGGCGAUCUGCUGGAUGCUCCCGCAGAAAGAGGGCUGAAAAGCCGGAAGAAGCAUCUGAAGACGCCCGAGAGCAUGAUGUGCAGUUUCUGCAAACGUAACGGGGAGUGCGAGUUGGUCUACAAGUCUCAUUGGCUGAAGGACCUCUCGGGAGAUGUUGUGUGUCCGUACCUGCGGCAGUACGUGUGCCCUCUGUGCGGCGCUACAGGACCGAAAGCCCACACUAAGCGCUUCUGUCCGAAGGUGGACAAGGCGUACUGCUCCGUUUACACCAAGACCAGACGCUGAACUUGUGGUCUCCUUGCUUGGUUUUCCAUGCAUGCUGUGUGCAUUUUCUUUGUGAUGGGGUUCAAGCUUUAGUUGGUUUGUGCGUGUAUUUUGCUGUGUAAUAUUAUUAUUAUUAUUCCAACCAAGCCAAUGUGAUGGACUAGCAGGUCAAUAAGCCACCGCCUCGUGCAAUCAUCUAGAAUGGAUCAUUCAUUUGAUAUCAUUUGUGGUGUCCUUUCACUAUCGUGCAUGUCUUAAAAACAACCAGUUGGAAGUUUUCUAGCGUGUGUGCUGUGUGGAUAUAAUUGUUAUAAAUAUUUAUGCUGUACAUAUGUUUGUGUGUGUCGGUCCUAAAUGUACAAACAAAUACAUAGCGAAGCAUAAAAUACAACUAAUGGGAACAAUACAAAU